CUUCGAGGAAGCCUUGCCUGGGGUUGCUAUGGAGAUAGGACGCUGCAACUUGCGGAGCCGCUAGUGCCCAGAAAUCGCUUAGCCGACCUCAGCAAAGCGGCUACCCUGCCUUUCUAUAUCUGCAUUCCCCCUUCAUCCAGAACUUCGUUUUUCUUGACUCCUUCCAUGGAAGAUUUGACAUCCCCGAAGCAAGACAAAGAAAACCAGGAACUGGGAGAAGCAAGGCGGCCAUGGGAAGAAAUAGCAGGUUCUUCCCAAGAUCCCGAGUCUGGGUUAUCUGAGCCCCUGGAAUCGGAGCAGUGGCUGGAAACUGGACCCCAACCGAGAAGCAGCCCUCCGCAGAGCCCGCAGUCUAGAGCCAGCCCUCCUCUGGAUGAAGUCAGGGGAUCGGGUGCACCAUCUCCACCUUCGGCUCCGGAGGCUUCUUUCAUUCCUUUCACGCUGGCUCUGGCUGGACAGCAACUUGCGGCUCCGUGGCAGUCAGACAGAACCACGGAUGUGAAUCCCAAAGCUGAGACACCUCGCUCCCACCAUUUGGAACAAUCUGAUCAAGGAGAAUCGACUGCUCCUCAAACAUGCCAAUCAGAGGGAGACACUUUUAAACAGUCUCAGCAAACCGAACGUCACCUCUAUGGACCAGAAGAUGUGAGCAAUAACAACUCUAAACAAAAAGAGCUGAGAUUUAACAUCUUUCAGGAGGAGGACUCAAACAGUAACUAUGAACUGGAUCACACUGAGUCUGGGGUCUCUGAAGGGGCCCCCAGCCUGCUUGAGAUUGCCGUUCAGAGUGCUAAGGCUUACCUGCUGAAGACCAGCAGCAAAUCUGGCUUAAAUCUAUAUGAUCAUCUUUCUGAUAUGCUAACUAAGGUCUUAGAUGAGCGUCCUGAAAAUGCUGUGGACAUCAUUGAAAGUAUCAGCCAAGAUGUGAAGAUGGCACAUUUUAGGAAAAAAUUAGAUACACUCCAAAAUGAGAAUGAGAUGCUUCCAAUAUAUGAAACAGCAGAGAAGCAAAAGGCUCUUUUUCUCCAGGGAAAUUUGGAAGGAGUCGACCAAGAACUGGAAGAUGAAAUAGCAGAAAACUCUCUCCCAAAUGUAAUGGAGUCAGCUUUUUAUUUCGAACAAGCUGGAGUUGGUUUGGGCACAGAUGAGACUUAUCGCAUAUUUCUUGCCCUCAAGCAGCUUACUGACACCCAUCCAAUCCAAAGAUGCCGCUUCUGGGGCAAGAUCUUGGGUCUGGAAAUGAAUUAUAUUGUAGCUGAAGUAGAAUUCCGUGAGGGAGAAGAUGAAGAAGACGUAGAAGACGAAGAUGUAACUGAAGAGAGGGAUGAUGGAGACAGCGACGCUGAGGAAAAUGACGAAGAUGAAUUACCAAGGACAUUUUACAAGACCCCACAGGUUAUACCAAAAGAGGAAAAUAGAACGGGGGCCAACAAAUACGUGUAUUUUGUGUGCAAUGAACCAGGAGGACCAUGGGUGAAGUUACCAUCGGUUACACCUACACAAAUUGUUACUGCAAGAAAGAUCAAGAAAUUUUUCACUGGGCGUUUAGAGACUCCCAUUGUAAGCUACCCACCUUUCCCAGGAAAUGAGAGCAAUUACUUACGAGCACAAAUUGCCAGAAUUUCAGCAGGGACCCACGUCAGCCCUCUGGGUUUCUAUCAAUUUGGUGAAGAGGAAGGAGAGGAGGAGGAAGAGGUAGAAGGCCGGCGAGAUAGCUUUGAAGAAAACCCAGAUUUUGAAGGCAUCCAAGUGAUCGAUCUCGUGGAAUCCCUUUCCAAUUGGGUUCAUCAUGUGCAACACAUUCUCUCUCAGGGUCGCUGUAAUUGGUUCAAUCCCAUACAAAAAAGUGAGGAGGAGGAGGAGGAGGAGGAAGAUGAAGAAAAAGAAGAAGGAAAAGGAGAAGAGCUUGAGUAUAUGGAACAGGAAGUGGGGCCUCCUCUUUUGACACCAAUCUCUGAAGAUACAGAAAUCCAGAAUAUACCACCUUGGACAACACGGCUGUCCUCAACUCUCAUUCCUCAAUAUGCUAUUGCCGUCCUUAGAUCCAACCUUUGGCCUGGAGCAUAUGCCUUUUCCAAUGGCAAAAAGUUUGAAAAUUUCUACAUAGGCUGGGGUCAUAAAUAUAGUCCGGACAACUACACACCCCCAGCUCCACCACCAGUUUACCAAGAAUACCCCAGCGGGGCCGAAAUUACAGAAAUGGAUGAUCCUAGUGUGCAAGAAGAGCAGGCUUUCCGAGCCGCGAGGGAAGCAGCUGCUCUUCCUGUUGAAGAAAUGGGAGAAACUGAGGAAGAUGAAGAUGAGGACGAUGAUUCUGACCAAGAAUAGUAUCAGCCCAGCCUUGUGUGAGACUGGUACACAUAUACUGUGUGUGGACUCUUGAUUUUACAUAUAUAGUAUAUAGUACAGAAUUACAUAAAAUUGGCAACUAUUCAUGUACAAAAUGUUAUUCCUU